AUGGUUGAGAUUGUAUUUGAGCAGGCUUCUUUCUUUAAGAAGAUCAUCGAUAGCUUGAAGGGCCUCGUCGAAGACAUUUCAUUUAAAUGCACAUCAGACGGUAUGGAUCUUCAGGCCAUGGAUAUUUCUCAUGUUUCCCUUAUUUCUAUCAGUCUUCCAGCUGAUAUUUUCAAUACAUACAAUUGCUCAGAGGAAAUGAAUCUUGCAUUUAACGUAGAUGUUCUUAACAAAGUCCUCAAGAGUGCUUCAACAGAUGAUUAUUUGAAAAUUUCUACAGAAAAGCCAAAUGAAGAUAUCACAAUACAGCUCUCAACUCAGAGUGAAGACAAGAAUACACGUUUUAACUUGAAGCCAGUUGAUAUUAAUGGUGACGCUGUUUCUAUCCCAGAACAUAUUUACAAGGCCAAGCUUUCACUUAGUUCAAAUGCUUUCAAUCAACUUAUUAGAAGCCUUUCUGAAGUUAAUGACUCUGUUGCUGUUAGAUGCACAGAAGGAUCAAUUUCAUUCUCAGUUUCUGAUAUUUUACUUAAUGCUACAACAACAUUUAAUGCUGGUGUAACAAAUGAAAAGGCAGAAGAAGAAAUUGAAGUUGAUGUUACAGAAGGAUGCAAAGUUGCUUAUGCUCUUCGUUAUUUGAAGGCUAUCUCAGCUGCUUCUGCUCUUUCUACACGUGUUAACUUAUCAUUCUCACCACAUUUCCCACUUCUUGUCGAAUAUUCAUUACAAGAAGGCGGAUAUGUUCGUUUCUAUCUCGCUCCUAAGGUAGACGAAGAGGCAUCUGAGGAUGAAGUCUAA